CAGUGAUCCUCUCGCUAAGAAAACAUGGCUUGCAAGUGCAUCAUCCUGCUGGCAGCGGUGGCCCUGGCCAGGGGCGCGGUGGUCCAGGUCGCCCAGCCCGCAGUGGCGGUCCCAGUGGCCGUGAAGGCCGAGGAGGUCGACGCGUAUCCCCGCUACAGCUUCGCCUACGACGUGGCCGAUUCCAUCACCGGCGACUCCAAGGCCCAGUACGAGACCCGCGACGGCGACGUCGUCCAGGGCAGCUACUCGCUCAUCGAGGCCGACGGCAGCCGGCGCAUCGUCGACUACACCGCCGACCCCAUCAACGGUUUCAACGCCGUGGUCAGCCGCGAGCCGGCGGUCGCCGGAGUCGCCGUGGCAUCCCCCGUGGUGCCGGCCGUGGGAGUGGCCCCGGUUGCCCCGACCAGACCCGUGGGAGUGGCCCCAGCCAGACCAGCUCCCCCCCAGGUGCCGAGCUCUGGCCCCGACUCCGACGUCGAGGUCAUCGAUGCUCGCUCCGGCCCUCUGCAGCGCAGCAACAACGGCGAGCAGGACGAGCUGAACCAGCAGCCCGAGAAGCUGCGCUCCGCUCAGCAACAGCAGCAGCAGGCCGCCAGGAGCGCCAGGAUCCAGGCCCAGCAGCAGAGGAGCACCGUCGGGGAUGUGCCCCUCCGCGCCGUCGCCGCUCCCGUGCCUGUGCCCGCUGUGGUGACCAACAACGUCUACCAGAGGUUCGUCUCUGCUCCGGCCUUGAGGACGGUGGCUCUGAGCUACCCCGCCUACACCGCAGCCUACAGCUACCAGGCGCCCGUUGCCGGUCUGACCUACACCACCGUCGUCUGAACUCCUGCCAGCAGUUGAAUUAGUUUUUAAGAUUCUCCCAUCUCCUCCUUUUUUUCUUUUAUUUUUUUCUACAAACAAUCUCAGUUGCCAUGCGCCAGAACAUUGUGAUUCGAUCUGUUGUAUACCGCGAAGGAUCGAUAAAUAUGGUCGUUCGAUGAAUUAUUGCCAUUCUCUAUGCUGUUCGUAUAGAAGUGAUAAUAAAUUAUGAGCCUGUUUGAAACUGAUG